GGAGCAGGUCAUGGUUCUGGAUCAGCUGGUUCAUCAGGUUCAUUAUCUGGUAAUAUCGGAGGCUUAAGUGGUAGCAUUGGAUCUGGUCAUGGUUCAGGUUACGGCAAAGGCACUGCCAGUGUUGGUGCUGGAAUUGGAGCAGGUCAUGGUUCAGCCUCUGGUGGUUCAUCAGGAUCAUUAACUGGUCAUAUUGGUGGCUUAAGUGGAAGUAUUGGCGCUGAUCACGGAUCCGGCAAUAGUAAAGGCUCUGCUGGUAUUGGUGCUGGAAUUGGAGCAGGUCAUGGUUCAGCCUCUAGUGGUUCAUCAAGUUCAUUAUCCGGUAAUAUCGGAGGCUUAAGUGGAAGUAUUGAAUCUGGUCAUGGUUCAGGUUACGGCAAAGGCUCUGCUGGUAUUGGUGCUGGAAUUGGAGCAGGUCAUGGUUUAACCUCUGGUAGUUCAUCAGGUUCAUUAUCUGGUAAUAUCGGAGGCUUAAGUGGUAGCAUUGGAUCUGGUCAUGGUUCAGGUUACGGCAAAGGCACUGCCAGUGUUGGUGCUGGAAUUGGAGCAGGUCAUGGUUCAGCCUCUGGUGGUUCAUCAGGAUCAUUAACUGGUCAUAUUGGUGGCUUAAGUGGAAGUAUUGGCGCUGAUCACGGAUCCGGCAAUGGUAAAGGCUCUGCUGGUAUUGGUGCUGGAAUUGGAGCAGGUCAUGGUUCAGCCUCUAGCGGUUCAUCAGGUUCAUUAUCUGGUAAUAUCGGAGGCUUAAGUGGAAGCAUUGGAUCUGGUCAUGGCUCUGGUAAUGGCAAAGGCACUGCUGGUAUUGGUGCUGGAAAUGGAGCAGGUCAUGGUUCAGCCUCUGGUGGUUCAUCAGGUUCAUUAUCUGGUCAUAUCGGAGGCUUAAGUGGAAGUAUUGGAUCUGGUCAUAGUUCAGGUUACGGCAAAGGCACUGCCAGUGUUGGUGCUGGAAUUGGAGCAGGUCACGGUUCAUCCUCUGGUGGUUCAUCAGGUUCAUUGUCUGGUCAUAUUGGUGGCUUAAGUGGAAGUAUUGGUGCUGAUCACGGAUCUGGUAAUGGUAAAGGCUCUGCUGGUAUUGGUGCUGGAAUUGGAGCAGGUCAUGGUUCAGCCUCUAGCGGUUCAUCAGGUUCAUUAUCUGGUAAUAUCGGAGGCUUAAGUGGAAGCAUUGGCGCUAAUAAUGGCUCUGGUAAUGGUAAAGGCACUCCUGGUAUUGGUGCUGGAAUUGGAGCAGGUCAUGGUUCAGCCUCUGGUGGUUCAUCAGGAUCAUUAACUGGUCAUAUUGGUGGCUUAAGUGGAAGUAUUGGCGCUAAUCAUGGCUCUGGUAAUGGUAAAGGCUCUGCAGGUAUUGGUGCUGGAAUUGGAGAAGGUCAUGGUUCAGCCUCUAGUGGUUCAUCAGGUUCAUUAUCAGGUCAUAUUGGUGGCUUAAGUGGAAGUAUUGGCGCUAAUCAUGGCUCUGGUAAUGGCAAAGGCACUGCUGGAAUUGGUGCUGGUAUUGGAGCAGGUCAUGGUUCAGCCUCUAGUGGUUCAUCAGGUUCAUUAUCUGGUAAUAUCGGAGGCUUAAGUGGAAGUAUUGGAUCUGGUCAUGGGUCAGGUUACGGCAAAGGCACUGCCAGUGUUGGUGCUGAAAAUGGAGCAGGUCAUGGUUCAGCCUCUGGUAGUUCAUCAGGAUCAUUAUCUGGUCAUAUUGGUGGCUUAAGUGGAAGUAUUGGCGCUGAUCACGGAUCCGGUAAUGGUAAAGGUUCUGCUGGUAUUGGUGCUGGAAUUGGAGCAGGUCAUGGUUCAGCCUCUGGUGGUUCAUCAGGUUCAUUAUCUGGCAAUAUCGGAGGCUUAAGUGGAAGUAUUGGCGCUAAUCAUGGUUCUGGUAAUGGUAAAGGCUCUGCUGGUAUUGGUGCUGGAAUUGGAGCAGGUCAUGGUUCAGGCUCUGGUGGUUCAUCAGGUUCAUUAUCUGGUCAUAUUGGUGGCUUAAGUGGAAGUAUUGGCGCUAAUCAUGGCUCUGAUAAUGGUAAAGGCACUGCUGGUAUUGGUGCUGGAAUUGGAGCAGGUCAUGGUUCAGCCUCUGGUGGUUCAUCAGGUUCAUUAUCUGGUAAUAUUGGUGGCUUAAGUGGAAGUAUUGGCGCUAAUCAUGGAUCCGGUAAUGGUAAAGGCUCUGCUGGUAUUGGUGCUGGAAUUGGAGCAGGUCAUGGUUCUGGAUCAGCUGGUUCAUCAGGUUCAUUAUCUGGUAAUAUCGGAGGCUUAAGUGGAAGUAUUGGUGCUGAUCAUGGAUCCGGUAAUGGCAAAGGUUCUACUGGUAUUGGUGCUGGAAUUGAAGCAGGUCAUGGUUCAGCCUCUAGUGGUUCAUCAGGUUCAUUAUCUGGUAAUAUCGGAGGCUUAAGUGGAAGUAUUGGAUCUGGUCAUGGUUCAGGUUACGGCAAAGGCACUGCCAGUGUUGGUGCUGGAAUUGGAGCAGGUCAUGGUUCAGCCUCUGGUGGUUUAUCAGGAUCAUUAUCUGGUCAUAUUGGUGGCUUAAGUGGAGGUGUUGGCGCUGAUCACGGAUCCGGUAAUGGUAAAGGCUCUGCUGGUAUUGGUGGUGGAAUUGGAGCAGGUCAUGGUUCAGCCUCUAGUGGUUCAUCAGGUUUAUUAUCUGGCAAUAUCGGAGGCAUAAGUGGAAGUAUUGGAUCUGGUCAUGGUUCAGGUUACGGCAAAGGCACUGCCAGUGUUGGUGCUGGAAUUGGAGCAGGGCAUGGUUCAGCCUCUGGCGGUUCAUCAGGAUCAUUAUCCGGUAAUAUUGGUGGCUUAAGUGGAAGCAUUGGAUCCGGUCAUGGUUCUGGUAAUGGUAAAGGCUCUGCUGGUAUUGGUGCUGGAAUUGGAGCAGGUCAUGGUUCUGUAUCCGCUGGUUCAUCAGGUUUAUUAUCUGGUAAUAUUGGUGGCUUAAGUGGAAGCAUUGGAUCCGGUCAUGGUUCAGGUUACGGCAAAGGCACUGCCAGUGUUGGUGCUGGAAUUGGAGCAGGUCAUGGUUCAACCUCUAGUGGUUCAUCAGGUUCAUUAUCUGGUCAUAUUGGUGGCUUAAGUGGAAGUAUUGGUGCUGAUCAUGGAUCCGGUAAUGAUAAAGGUUCUGCCAGUGUUGGUGCUGGAAUUGGAGCAGGUCAUGGUUCAGCCUCUAGUGGUUCAUCAGGUUCAUUAUCUGGUAAUAUCGGAGGCUUAAGUGGAAGUAUUGGUGCUGAUCAUGGAUCGGGUAAUGGCAAAGGCUCUGCUGGUAUUGGUGCUGGAAUUGGAGGUGGUUAUGGAUCAUCUUCAGUAGGCUCUUCAGGUUUGUUGUCUGGUCAUGUUGGAGGCUUAAGUGGAAGUAGUGGUUCUGGUUAUGGUUCUUCUUAUCUUGGUAGCGGAAGUAAAGCUACUUCAUCGGGUUAUCAUUCUGGUGGCUUGAGCGGUAGUUUUGGAGGACUUGGGGGACAUAUUGGAGGCUCCUCUGGAUUGGGAUUGUUUGGCUGAAGAAAUUGCUUAUGGCAUAUCGGACUUACCCUAGUUAGGAACUAACAGCUAAAUAACUUGUAAUAAUUUUGUGAUACAUGAUUAAUAUAUCUUUUUUACUUAAA